UUGAACCACGAGAUGGCGACAAACUGCUGCUUUUUUGCUGCUCUGUUUUAAUUGAGAUAAAUUCUGGUUUAAUCAUUGUUUUAAUUGAGAUAAAUUCUGGUUUAUUGUUAAUUGUAAUGUUUGAAUAUGAAUCUUAUUAUUUGUGUAAAUUCAUAACAGGCUUUUUAUAUAUUUAAUAGGAUCAAAUGUUGAACAGGAUGCAUUCACUGCCAUAAAUCUCUUGACGGGAACCCCGGAUGACGUACAUGUCUCAGACACAGAAAUAGCACUUCUAGUGACACAACCAGGGUUUAUUGAUCUGACGCAGGAUUUUGAAGAACACGGUCCUAGCACCAGCGAUGCUGAUAGGAUAAGAGACGCCCUGCCUACUUACACGGCAGCGAGAUCUCCGGCUGAACAAAUCAGUACUGCUGAAUUGGUAGACCUCACGUCAGAUUCAGACGAAGAGUCUGAGGUGUGCGUCAAUGUACCUCCCAGGAAACGGAAAAACAUAGAUGACUCUACCACAUGCCAAACUCCUCAGGUUAAGCUAAUUAAUGGUAAGACUAUCUUUCUUUUAUUAUUUUAUAGAAAUUUCUACGAUAUUCACAGCAUUACCUUUGAUAUAGAAAGUAGUUUUUGAUGUUUUUGAACAAAUAAUCGAGCUCAGAUCAGAUUCUGACAUAGAGUCUGACGUAUCCGUCAUUGAACCUCGGAGGAAACGUAAACACAUAAUAGGAUCUAAUUCACAUCAAACUCCUCAGGAUAGACACGGCAGCAGCGUGGAUGAUAUUUUAACAUGGACGGAAUCACAGGUCGUCGAAUGGGAUCGUUCGUCAUGGACCAGUGAUCGAUACGACGAGGCUACAGUGAGAGCCAGGCAGACGCCGUAUCCUUUUUACGUAGCGACGAAGGAAGAAGAAGAAGCUGAAAAAGAAGAAGUGCGGGGGACGGAGAACAGAAAUGAUGUGCAGGAUGAUAUUUGGACUCUGUGUCGUGAAAUCAUUAAAAGAUUAGAUGACCAGGCCAUAGAGAAACGUAACAGUACAUCCGCCAUUAAUAGGCGUUUUGAUGAACUUAAUAGCAGAUUGGAUGACAUUAGUAUCAGAUUGGAUGGUCACUUCAAAGAGAAUCAAAACAGAAUCGCCUCUGAAUUUUUAGCGAUUCAUAACAAAUUGGAUUACCACUUUCAAAUAAAUUGUGACAGAAUAGCGUCAGAGUUUUUUGAAGUUCAUAACAGAUUGAAGCAUCUUAAUGCAUUGGUUCCUGAAAUAUUAGACUGUUUAUAUCAACUGAAUCAGUCAUUAGAGGAAUCUCUCCAUAGAUUGCAGACAUGUGUCGAAGAGAAUCAUGAGCGUAUCCUUAGAGAAUUAAAUGAUCAGUUGAGAGAAAGACAAUUAACCGUUAGUCUUCUCAGCGCCAUGGUUACCUGCGCACAUCCAAGUUAGAAAUGUAUGAUGGAUUAUGUAUUAGCUACAUCUGAUUGUAGUACCUUUUUCAGAACAGACAUGUCAUGAUUUUUCUGUUUGUAGUACCUUUAUUUGUGUUUUUUUCUUUCAUUUUGUGAUAUUGCAUAUUAUGUUUUCGUUUUUGGCCUAAAAAUAAAGAUUAAAAAUGGAUGCAGAGAAAUCUUUUUCCACAGCUGAAGCACCCAACUGUCAACCAGAUCAAACUCUCUCAGACUUGUUACAGAGCAUGCUUGAAAUACAAAAUGCAAAUCCGCAUCUCUUGUGUGAAAGAUUACAACAACUGAAAAAUAUGUAUCCAGAUUUUGUAGAAACAACUUUUAAUGAUGUACCAUUACAACAAACUUCUAAUUUGGAACAUUUGCAAUCGUCUAUUGACCAAUUUCCUGAUAUUAAUUUGUCUGAACGAUUACAGAUAUUAUUAAACACAUGCAACAUACGUUUUGCACAAGACGGCGGGGCUUUAAAUAAUAGUCACGGAUCAACAGGUAACGCAUCUACUGUCACGGCUCGGUCUGCAGUUCCGGUGCGACCGUCAACCAGCAAUGCAGCACCCCCCACAGGUACGUCACGACUAACACAACCAAACAUUGAUACUUUGAUUCGUGACGGUGGGGAAGUAAAUGGUUACCGUAUAUUACCGAGACCCUGUUUCAAUAGCGUACAAUUGCGAAGACCGUUGAAUCUGAUAGAGAUUAACUCUACAGAUUUAGUGUCGUACCACAUUUUUUUACACAAUGCUUUUAGCGAAAUAGUGGCAUUUGCUAGAGACAUUGGCGGUGAUGCUAGUGUGAUCAAUAUGUCCCUUACAGGGUCUUCUCUGUCAUCACCCAUUCAAACCAUUUUAACAGAUCGGAAUAAUUACGAUGUCAAUCUAUUUACCGAUCAAAUUGAGAGAGUUUUACAAAGUAAUGAACAGAUAUUGACGGACGAUGCAGUCGCGGUCGAAGUUGACAUGGCCAUGAACAGACAAGGAGGCGGUCGUUGUAAACUUACAGAUUUAGCGCUUGAUCAGGUCAUCAAACGCAAAAAGAUGUCAUUAUUUUCACCCAUGAAUAUAUCAAAUAAAUUAUGCUUCUCUAUCUGCCUUGCGCAUUUCCUCAAUCCGCAAGCGCCCGAGAAUGAGUUAGAAAGACUGGCUGUGUCCAUCCACAAUGACGCAGGCUUCUCAAUUCAAGACAAAAUUGGUUUUGGUGAUUUAAAUUCGUUUGAAAGUCUUUUAGACAUUAAAAUCGUUGUGUUUUACAGGACGAAUGCUGGUGCGUUAGAAACGUACAAAAAUCACAAUGAAGCUCACCCUAAAAUGGUAUGUCUCUAUUUGCACGAUGAUCAUUACUAUAGGAUUCUGAAUUUGACAUCAUUCAUCGGCACAUCCUAUGUAUGCGAAUUUUGUUUCAAAGGCUACUCAAACCCUAGAAAUCAUCAGUGCAAACACGUCUGCAAUGUAUGUUUUGUUGCUGAUUGUUACAAACAUCCUAAAAGAAACAUGCAUUGCCCCGAUUGUUUGCGAUUUUGUAAGUCGAGUUACUGUUACAAUGCCCAUAUAAAAACACACCUUGUAUGGGAAAAAGCACCGUGCGACGCUAUAAAAUAUUGCAGACUGUGUAACAAACGAUACAACGUCAUAGGUCAAGGUACGAGAGCUCAACACAAAUGUAGUCCCAACCGUUGCGACCAUUGCGGCGAAGAUCUGCACAAUCACGGGCUACACCGUUGCUUCAUACAGCCCAUAGUACCCAAGGAACCUAACAAGAAUUACAUUUUCUAUGAUUUUGAAACACGUUAUCAAAAUGGAAAACAUAUAGCCAAUUUUGUUUGCGCAAUCACUUUUGAAGGAGAAAAAUUUGUGGCAGAAGGCCCCGGCUGUAUAGCACAGUUAAUUACACACUUCAGACAGCCGCAAUACAAAGGAUACUGUUUCAUAGCUCAUUGUGCGGCCAGAUUUGAUUCGUUUCUAAUUCUGGAGUAUUUUUGCAAAGCAGGGAUUGCGUUAGAUGUCAUAAUGCAAGGUUGUAAAUUAAUCUUCAUGUACGACGAAGCUUUCGCACAGCGAUACAUUGACAGCUACGCAUUCAUACCAAUGGCUCUGUCUAAGAUGCCCGCGGCGCUAAACUUAACGACUACGGAAAAAGGAUAUUUUCCCCAUCUUUUCAAUAGGGUGGAAAAUGAGAAUUAUAUAGGACAUUACCCUGAUAAAAAGUUUACAACUAUUUAAACAUGUCUGAUAAAGACCGUGUAAAGUUUGAUGCGUGGUACACCGGAGUUUCAGGUAAAUUGUUUAACUUCAGGAAAGAGUUGUCUGAAUACGGCGUGAACGAUGUUGUCUUGCUACGUGAAGCAUGCAUGAAAUACAGAGAGGCGUUCAUAGAAUGUACCGAAGUUGAUCCAUUCAGCUUUACUACUUUAGCAUCGUGCUGUAUGGGUGUCUUCAAAACACAUUAUCUCGAAAGAGAUACUUUGGCACUGACGCACAAUAAGGCUUAUGUCCGUCAGAGUAAGACCUACUCGAACGCUUCGAUCGAAUGGCUCGAGUAUGUAAAAAAGACUCGAGACGUGGAUAUUCAUCAUGCCGUAAACCACGGUGAAGUGUCAAUCGGUCGUUUCUUUUUAGACGGUUUCUACGAAAAGUCAGGGAUAAAACAUGGGCUAGAAUACAACGGAUGUUUGCAUCAUGGUCACGAAUGCCGCUUUGAACCCUAUCGGACGCACCCCAUGUCAGGAGUGCCCUAUGGGGUUCUCAGGAGUCAAUUUGACGAUAAGGUUGAUAUUCUGCGGAAUGCGUACGGUUUGCAAAUUGAAGUUCUUUGGGAGUGUGAAUGGGAAAAGAUGAAGCGGACCGACCCUUCUGUGAUGGAAUUUAUGAGUACUUAUUCAGCCCCUGAGAGACUGAGACCGAGAGACGCGUUGUUUGGGGGACGUACUAAUGCUUAUAAACUCUAUCACAAAACGGCCGAUGGUGAGAAAAUAAGUUACGUAGAUUUUACAAGCUUAUAUCCUUUCUGUCAGGCUAGGAAAACCUAUCCGAUCGGUCACCCCCAAAUCAUUUUCAAAGAUUUUGAGCCGAUCGAAAAUUAUUACGGUCUUAUCAGAGCUACAGUUUAUCCGCCCCGCAAAUUACUGCACCCUGUUCUCCCUUACAGAUGCGGCGGAAAACUGAUGUUUCCAAUAUGCCGUACAUGCGCUCACGUUCAAAACCAGACAACGAACUGUAGCCAUACGGAUGAAGAGAGGGCGCUCACGGGCUGCUGGGUCAGUCUCGAACUUUUAAAAGCCAUAGAGAAGGGUUACGUGGUAGCCAAGAUCGAUGAAGUUUGGCAUUUUCCACAAAGGUCGGAUACAUUGUUUCGUGAUUACGUAAAGACUUUUUUACGUUUGAAACAGCAGGCAUCCGGUUACCCAUCAAACAUUGUCACCAAUGCUGACAAAGAGUCUUACAUACGUGAGUAUUAUGAGAAAGAGAGUAUUCGUCUCGACCCCGAAAAGAUCUCCCACAACCCCGCUCAGAGGUCUAUCAACAAGUUAUUGUUGAAUAGUCUUUGGGGACGGUUCUCUAUGAGGGAGAAUCUACCUCAGACUACUCUUGUGAAAGACCCCGAGCAUUUCACCAGAAUUGUUUUUGGUGAAACCGACAGUCUGUCAUAUUUCACAUUCGUCUCGGAUGACGUGGCUCUUGUCCAGCAUCGCUCCGCAAAAGAUGAAGUUCGGGAGACUCGUGACAUUAAUGUGUUUGUUGGUGCGUUUACUACAACUCACGCACGCUUGGAGUUGUACGAACUCAUGGACAAACUCGGUGACCGUUUGUUAUACUCAGACACGGACAGAGUUAUUUUUGUAUCAAGGGAGGGCGACUGGGACCCACCUCUGGGGGAUCAUUUGGGAGAGCUGACAAAUGAGUUAGACAACGGAGAUUAUAUUAAGGAAUUUUGCUCUAGCGGGCCAAAAUCCUAUGGGUAUCGCACCGCCAAAGGUAAAGUAUGCAUGAAGGCAAAGGGUAUAACGCUCAACGCUAAAAAUUCCUAAGCUAUUCGGUUGGAGAGUCUUAUUGGUCUGGUUGACAGCUAUGUGACUGCCCGUGACACCACGCAAUGCAUCCUGGCCCACACUGAAAACAUUGUGAGGAAUAAAAAGACUCUUACUUUGCACAACAAAUCAGUCGUUAAAAGGUUUAAGGUGGUGUAUAAUAAACGUCGGCUUUUGUCCGAUUUCACCACUCUUCCUUAUGGCUACUGAUUCGACGCUACACAGGGGACUACGGGAUGCUUCUGAUUUUGAUUUCAGACUUCAGCAUCCAUUCUCUGCCGUAAUCAGUGGACCUUCAAAUUCGGGGAAGAGUUAUUUUGUAAAAAGUCUGCUGGAAAAUGGGAUGAAAUUGAUUUCUAAAAAAAUUGAAAACGUAUAUAUUUACAGUUGUUGGCAACCUCUGUAUUAUGAAUUACUGAAAUUGUAUGAUAUUAAAUUUGUGGAAGGAUUACCAGAGAGUCUCAAUGAUGAUGAUUUAUUACCCGUGA